AUGUCGGCAACCCGACUAACAAUGAUCCAUUCCGCGCUGCCCGAGGACGUCCUGCGGGUCGUCUUGAGCCAUUCUCUUGCUCUCGACUGCCUGCUAUCACUCAUCGCAUCAUGCCGUCCAUUCCUCGACGCCUUCAGAAGCUCUCCGGCUGCCUUGCCCCGCCUCGCUCCGACGCGCCCGCCGCCCGUCGUCAGAACUACCCCGAGCAGUGUUAGAGUUAUUCGACUAGUCCCGGAGCGCGGCGCCGAGCUACAAACUGGAAUCGCUUUCGGGGCGCAGGCAAAGGACCUGUCUGGGCAGGAGCUCGUUCGUAUCAAGCGUGCGCUGUACCGGUUCGAGCUCUAUUGCAAACUCUUUCCACCUCCCGAGCAGCAUUACCUAGAAUCCUCCUUCAUAACGGCACAGCUCGUUUUUUCCCGACGAUUCCCCGCUUGGGAGAACGAGCAGCUCGCCAGCAUCCGUGAGUCUCUAUGGCGCAAGGUGACACCAGGAGCUUUCAAUGCCUUGGCCCCUCACGGCAUCUCACGGGGCGAAUUCCAUACCUCUUAUGUAGUCGAAUUCGACGACCCUUUCACUGAAGAAAUUCUAUCCGGAAGCCUUCGCGGCAUACUUGAUCUCGUUUGUGCCGAGACAUAUGAGCGCCGAUAUGAGCCUCUGGGCUGCGACGUACCUGCGGCGCCCAGUCUCUUCUUACACGAGGCCUUUAAGGAGUACAACUUCCUGUUGCUGAAGCACGAUAAUUCCACAUACGCAGGCGACAGCUUCAUAUCUGCCGGUGAUGAUGCCGUGAUUGAACGGGACACGGCACCUCCGUAUAGGGGUCUGGAAGACACGGGCCCCGAGAAGAUUUGGAAACGGUCACACCAGGACGAAUCACGAGCGCUUUUGGCAAAAGAGCCGCUGUACAAGUCUAUGAGGGAAUGCGGUUUUGUUUUUUUGGGACGAGAAGAGGUUUGAUGGUGCCGGUCUGUUCGAUCGCAAUUGGUCUGAUAUCGACUUCGAACCGAAGAGAGAGAUUGCCUUGACAGAGCCGGACUACGAGGAGGAAAAGCGGUCACGGACGGAAAGAUCGGAUCUCUACAGAAAGGGGAUACGAGGUUAUUGGGAAAGGGUCGAGAACACGAAGCUGGAUAGAACUAUAAUACCGCUUGUUCAUCAACUAGAAUGCGUCACGGUUGGAAAUCUAGUAUCCCUAGCUUUUUGCUCCUAUCAACAAAAAGGUAUAGCUAAAUUGGAGCGACAACAACUCUGCCAUCCCGCUCCUACUUCAGUCUACCUGAUGAAACGCACAUCAAGUUAGGACUUGUUACAGC